AUGGCCCCCACCAAGUCGGAGGACGAACUUGGCGCAAAAGUCGACCGGUGUUUUGCGGAUUCGCUGCUAAAGCUGACCGGCGGUGUGGCGAUUGGGAUCGUCGUUUCCGUGGCAUUUUUAAAGGGAAGGACGUGGCCCAUCUGGUUCGGUUCCGGCGUCGGCAUUGGUGCGGGAUGGUCAAAUUGCCGGCACGAUCUCUCGUCGCCCUUCUUGCUCCACGGUCGGAAAGUCCAAGCGGGUACCGAUUCCCAGGGAAAGCCAGUGCUCAACGUGCUCACGGAGUCGAGGAAGGCG